AUGGGCAUCAAGCUCCUGCGCCUCGCGGCGACGCUCCUCUCCCCGGGAACCGCCACCACGGCCUCCGCCGCCGACGCGCAGAGCGCGGUCCUGCGCGCGACGCAGCACCACCCGUCCACGGCCCCACCCUACGCGCACCACCUGGACGCGCUCCUCGCCUUCGGCCGCGGCUCGCGGCUCUCCGCGGCCGCGCUCGCCACCGCGCUCACGGACCGCCUCCGCGCCGCGUCCACCGGCCACGGCGACGCCGCCGUGGCCCUCAAGUGCCUCGUCCUGCUCCGGAUCCUGCUCGCCCGCGGCGCCUUCAUCCUCCGCGACCAGCUCCUGGUCGCGCUCGCCCGCCACCCGGCGUCCGGCCGCAACCCGCUCGCGCUCGCGUCCUUCCCGCUGGCGCGCUCCUUCGCCGCCUCCUCCUGGGUCCGCUUCUCCGCCCGGCUCCUCGAGGUCCUCCUCCUCCUGCCCGACGCCUCCCGCGACGGCGACGCCGAGUACCUCGCCGCGCUGCCCAACCCGCGCCUCAUCUCCGAGCUGGCCGCCUUCGCGUCCGUCGCCGCCGCCGUCCGCCAGGCCCCGCCCCCGUCCUGCGCGCCGCUGCGCAACACGCUCAUCUGGGAAGCCGUCCAUCUCGCCGAGGAGGACCGGGUCGCCGCGGAGCGCAACAUCGCCGCGAGGGUCCGCGAGAUGGGCGAGCGGCUGGACACGCUCGGCCUCGCCGACGCGGCUGAGCUGGUGUGCGUGCUGAGGCGCGUGGAGGAGGGCGCAGCGUCGCCGGCGGAGUGGAAGUGGGCGGGACUGGACGAGGCCGUCGUGGCCGACGCGGCGCGGCUGCGCGAGCGCGCGGAGGAGGUGCUGCUGCGCAGGACGGAGCAGGACAGCCGGCUUGUGCGGAGGGACCGCGCGGCGGCGAGCGCGUCCGCGCGCGUCGUCGCGCCGGCCCUCGGCGCCGACGUCCGGUUCGGCUCCUCGCGGUGGGCCGGCAACACAGUUUCCUCAUGGCGAUAGGAGAUGUACAUUUUUCACCUGUAAAGUACAGUACGUGUGUCAUGUACCAUGCUUGUACCGUAGGAAAACAACUAGCAAGAAAAUUACGAAUUCUUUUGUUGAAAUUGAAACCGGACACAAUGAGCUUGAGCUGUUCUUCGA